UGGUACUAUAACUUUACUUUAAACUAUAACUGAGAGUAUAACUAUUAACUAUAUAACACUAGUUAUCAUCAUCAUGACACGGUGACUAGUAGUAGUACUACUAGAAUAGUAGAUUCACAAGAAUGAAGAACACUGAGAGAAGAAGUUAAUGAAACAUUCCAGUGUAGAAAUAGAUACCAUUUCAAUUCAUUGUCACUUCGGAUUGAAUUACUGUGUGAAUAUUGAUUAUUUAAUAAGAAGACAUGGAGCCUGCAGGUACUGUUGAAAUUGAAUUAUCAGAAGGCAGUGAAGCUGAUUUACAUAGACAUUUGACAAAAUGCAAGAAGAAUCCAGGUCAUAGUGAAUUUAUCCCCAUUGACAAAUUCAACAUUAACCAUCUUCCUGAACGACACCGGGACUCUGACCUCUAUGACGUAAUUCAAUCUGUAGCUGACCUAACUGUGAGAAUAAAUGUUGAAAUGGUUAGUGUAAACAGACCAAAAUUGUGGCCUAACUCUAACGUUCCUUAUCCUUUAUACCAGUUGAGAGGAAAGACUAAUUGUAGGACAGGGACAGGGAUGGUGUGCAGUGUGGAGCAAUAUACCACAGGGUGCAGUAAAAAUGGACGUAAGCAUCUCAUGGAGUACAAGACUUGUCGAUGUUCUACAUGCCAACAAGCAGAUGUGCCCAGUAGUGUUUGGUGGGAUGUGGUAGUCAAGACAGCAGCCCACGUAGUCUUUGACAAAACUGAAGCUCAGCACUCAGCCUGUAGAUUGUUUUACGAUUCACAAGAUAGUCCGUGUGUCAUUCUUGAUAACUUGAGCUAUGCCACCAGCAGUUUGAACAUUGAGGAGGACUGGUGUAAUGUAAGUUACAUGACCUGUGAUACAAAGCUAGCUGAUAAAUUGCAACAGCUGGUCCAACAGUUUGACAAUAACUGGAGGAGAGUGCGGGAUAAGUAUUGGAUAUCUAGAGAUGAGAUCAAGUUAAACUUUAUUGUUUCACAUCCUCAUGGAUGUACCAAGCAGGUCAGCAUCGGUCAUUGGGUGGACAAGCAAAGUGUAGGAGAAAACAUUUACAGGUUUACUUACACAACAUGCACUUGUCCAGGAAGUAGUGGAGCCAAAAUUUUCUGCAUUGGUUACUUUGGAAUGGGUUGGUAUCAGCCUACCCACCGUGGAGCUUUAGAAUCUGGAAUUAAUUACAGUGGUUCUGGUCAUGUUGUAUGAGUGGGUUAUUAUCUGCCCAGUCAAUGUUAUUUGAUAUUAAGCAUGCACAUUUGUAAAAUAGGUUGUGGAAAAAAAAUAUAUCAAAGUUAGUACAGCUUAAAUGGAUUGUCAGUUAUGAUUUAUGUGUGAUUGCUAAAGAUCUAGAUAUUUAUCUCAAAUACACAAUAAAUACAUGAUAAGGAC